AUGCUCAUUGUCUUUUGUAUGCUUCUAGUGCCUUUCGUCCAGGUCAAGCAUCAGGGAUCCAAUCAGAGUCCACGGUUAUCAGUAUCCAUUCCAUCCAGGUCAAGCUUCAAGGUUCAAGUCAAGGUCCACCGUUUCAGUAUCCAUUCCAUCCAGGUCAAGCUUCAAGGUUCACGUCAAGGUCCACGGUUUUCAGAUCAAGGUCCACGGUUUUCAGGUAUAUCAAAACUCGAUGAGCAAUUACUCCCUUGUUUCUGUAUAUUUCUAGUAUCCAUUCCAUCCAGCUUUUAUCUAUUACUAGUGUCAGCCAUCCAGGUCAAGUGUCAAGGACCCGAUUUCCUGGCAAUGGGUAUAGCCAUCGAUGUCUGGCGUCAAGGUUGCGAUCUUCCAGCCAAGUGUUCAAUCAUCCAGGUCAAUCAACAGGAUUCUGAUCUCCCGUCAAUGUGUUCCGCUAAUCAUGUCAAGCAUCCAGGUUCCCAUCUCCCUGCCAUGGUUAUAGAUUGUUCAGUCAUCCAGGUCAAGCAUCUAGGUUCUGAUCGCCAAUCCAUGGUUAUAGCCAUCCAGGACAAGCAUCAAGGUUCCGAUCUCCCAGCUAUGGCUAUAGUCUCCAGCUAUCCAGGUCAAGCAUCAAGAUUCCCAUCACCCCGCCAUGGGUAUAGUUCUAGUCUCUGGCUAUCCAGGUCGAGCUUCAAGGUGCUGAUCUCCCAUUAUAUGGUUAUAGUGUUGAAUCCAUCAAGAUCAUGCUUCACGGAUCCGGAUUCAGUCCGUGGCUAUAGGCCAAACAGCAAGGAUCAAAACUCAAAUUUGGACUACAGUUCAAAUAUCAAAGAUCUGAUUUCAAAUCAAGGUUACGGGUACACACUUUUCUCUCUGUCUUUACAUGCUUUCUUUCGUAUUGGCCUAGUGUGUUUACGAUCUGGCUACACAAUGAAAAAUUUGUUUUCCUUCCAGUGCGACAGGUAUAUACAUCUAGUUUGGCCUUUAGUUACUGUUGGCUUUAUUUCUCUACUGGCUUCACAGUCCAAGCCAGUCAUCAUGGAUCCUAUAUCCGUCCAGUGUUACAGUGUCCUUGCAGUCAAGGUGCCUUUACUGUCUAUGCCAAUGAUUCCGAAUCCGAGCCCUAUCCAGAGUGACAGGGCAACCAUCAAGGAUUCGAUCUCCAUCCAGUAUGACAGCCAAGGCCAAUCGAUUCUGGUUUACUGUCCUCUAGGUCAAACUGAAUUACCAAAGUUUUACUAUCUACCUAGUGCCCGAGUGGAAGCCAAUGAUCAAAGCUUUGAUAUUCUUUUGGGCUCACAGCAAGCGUUCAAUGCUCAGCUCUACAUCAAAGGUCGCAGAUAUACAAGAAUCUUUAAGCAAUUUACUAAAAAUUAG